AUGAAUUUAAUAACGUUCCUUCACCUUUUGCCAAUGGCUUUAGGCAAAAUCAUUUUCCAAGACAAUCGCGAGUGUACCUCGUUUAAAAACUACGAAAUCUAUAUUAAACAUUUUGUGAUGUGUAAACAAAUCGACGUCACUACGAUAAGUUACCACAAAAACCCUUCACAUGGAUUAAUGGAUUUACUAAAGGAAUUUUACGAAAUGAAUUUUGUGCUUAACAAGGCUACAUGGUUACACCAUAGAAUAAUAAAGAGUAAUAUUAAAAUUGAAACAAUUCAUUAUCCGACAUUGGAUAAAGUUACAAUAGUUAACGGAACAGCUACUAGUUUAUCAUCAAAUGAAGCAGAUGCAAUUUUUAAAGAAAAAAUGAAUUUUAUAGAUUUUGACAUGGUUCGUAUUUACAUAGCAGAAAACUUUAAAAUGUUUUUACGCUAUUCUCAAACGAUGGUUAAUCCUAAUAGAUUUUUCAAGUCAGCUAGGUGCCUAAAAGUUUUCCUAUUCUCUUCCAAAAAUGUUAAGAUAAAACAAGUACAAAAAUUAUUGAUACAUUUAUGGAAAAAAUAUUCAAUAUUGAACAUAAUAGUGCAUUUUCCCUGUUCCAGUGAAUAUAAGGAAUUCAUCAUCACUUACAAUCCAUUUAAAGCAACUGAAAAUGGCUACGGACAAGUAAAUGUUUACCAUUAUUCUAUAAUUUUAAAAUAUCCUCAUAUUUUAUUGAACAAUUUAAAAAACAUCAAUGGAUACCCUUUAAAAAUUUCUUUAUUUGAAAGAUCUCCUACAGCAAUCUCAUCUGAUAACGUACCAUGGUUUAUCAAAGAUUGGAAAAUUUACGAUAAAAUACCAACCACGUCCAAAUACUAUGGAUUGGACGGAGCAGCCAUGCUCACGUUGUCCCAAAUGAUGAACUUUACAAUUGAUAUUUUCAACGAUUCAAGAGAAGAUUCUUAUGGAAAUGUAAUAAAUGGCUCCCCAACAAAAACUUUAAAACUUAUAAUUAAUCGUUCGGUCGAUUUACAAGGAAAUUCCAGAUUCAUGCAACCAUAUAAUGUCAAUGGAUAUGAAUUUACUUACAUACUCAGCCAUGAUGAGAUGUGUAUUAUCGUUCCAAAAGCUGGAAUAAUGCCAACAUGGCUAAGAACCAUGGAUAUUUUCAGAGGGAAACUAUUAGGAGUAACUUUUUUGUUAUUAAUCGCGUGUGUUGUUUUUAAUAAGCUUUUCAGAGGCCAAAAUGUACCACUUGGAAUUCUUAUUUUGGAAAUUUACGGAUCCUUCCUGACCCAAGCGGUUACCGAAAAUUCCAAUAAGUCACUUGCAGGAAGAUUUUUUUUUGGUAGCUUUUUAAUGUACUGCAUCGUUAUAUCCACAUUAUUAUCAGCCACAUUACUGUCAGUUUACAGUACCACAGUACACUUUCCUGAUAUAAAUACUAUGGAGGAUUUUAAUAGAAGCGGAUUGCGCAUACAAUCUUCAAUUAAUCCUUUCAAAGAAGUGCCCUCUCCUAUUUACCAGAGCUUGGCAGCAAAAGUGCAAAGCAAACAUAACCCAGAUUUAUCUUCUAUUGAAAGUGCCUUGGCUUACAAAACUGGCGGUUUGGAAAGAUUAACAGACUCUAAUAUAAAAAUCGAAACAGAAUUUUCAGAUAAAGACGGAGCACCGCUGCUGCACAUAGUACCAGAAUGCCCCAACAGGUAUUUUUUGUCGUUCAUAGUACCAACGGGUUCGCCGUACCUGAAAAUUAUAAACCAUAUAAUGAUUUGGAUCAACGAGAUGGGCCUCAAUGAUAAAUGGUACAAGGAUAUCACGCGAGCGAUUUUCUACGAAGCUAAAGGAAAUCGGUUGAAAAUUACGAGCGAGAGUAAGGACAGUCGCGAAAAGUUUUCCAUGGACGAUGCAAAAAGUGUGUUUAUUUUUUGGAUUUUUGGACUUUUUGCUGCUUUGGUUGUGUUUAUAUUGGAACUUUGUGUGGUUUUUUGUAUUUGA